UCCUGCUGCAGUUUGUCAACAUCAACUUAUUUCUGGUCUGAAGAAGAAGUUCCAGUCUGUGUUUGAGGGGAUUGCUAAAGCAGGAAGUCCAACCCUUCUGAACCAGAUCUACACAGAGCUCUACAUCACAGAGGGAGGGACUGUUGAGGGACUGUGCAUGUUGUUAACUGUUAAUGGCGACCAUUAAAGUGUGGAUGCUAACGUCAGCAAUGUGAUUAUUGAGUCAACAUUGGUAGCAGAGGAUGGCCGCUGCUGGAAAUUACAAAGUUCCCCCACCGUUCAACGAGAAGACGUCUUACGAAAGUUGGAAAAAUGAAAUUGAAAUCUGGAGACUUGUUACCGACUUGGACAAAAAGAAGCAGGCCCUAGCGGUUACCCUGUCGCUAUCAGGAAGAGCGAGAGAAAGCGCGCUGGAAAUCGCUGCGGAACAUCUCAACGACGAUACAGGAAUAAGCGUUCUUUUAAACAAGCUGGAUUCAGGGUUUUUAAAAGAAGAAAAGGAUCGACAGUACGAAGCUUACACGGAAUUUGGUCGGAUCGACAGACGUGGAGACACGUCCAUGAUGGAUUACAUUAUCGAAUUUGAACGACGGUACAACAAGUUACAUAAGUUCAAAGUGGAACUACCGGAUGCAGUGUUAGCAUUCAAACUAUUAGACACCGCGGGGCUAAAUGUUAAACAUAAACAGCUAGCUCUUACCGCCUGUUCCACCGUAUCUUUUGACAGCAUGAAAUCGGCUUUGAAAAGAAUCUUCGGUGAUAAUGUCUAUCCUCCACAAGAGGGCGACUCUGCCUUUUUCACCAAAUACACAGGCAAGCGUGAAUGGAGUUCAAACUCAGAGCAAAGCGCAAGAACAGCUGCAGGGACUAAUCCACUCGACAAAUACGGGAGAAGAACUAAAUGUGCAAUAUGUCAGAGCAUUUAUCACUGGGCAAAAGACUGCCCCAAUAAAAGAGAACAUGUGAAGCUAACAAAUGUUGAGGGAUCAAAAGACGAUGUUGAAGAAUGUAAUAUUACUCUGUUUUCAGACGAAUCCCCAUCUGACACACAGAUCUUCAUGGUAGAAGCUUUGGGAUCUGCUGUGAUUGACACUGGUGAAAAAGGGCUUGCAGAUUAUGUAAGUGGGCUGCCUCAGAGAGAAUUAAUAAAGAUUAAAGAUGAAAAGAGUGCAAGACCUUUCCGGUUUGGGGAUGGAAAACUGGUGCAAUCCACAAGAAAGGUGACUAUUCCUGCAACAAUAGGAAAAACUAAAUGCAACAUUGAGACAGAAGUAGUUCCAGCAGAUAUACCAAUGCUUUUGAGCAAAACAUCACUGAAGAGAGCGAGUGCUGUUUUAGACAUUGCUCAAGACAAAGCAAUGAUGUUUGACCAACCUGUAAAACUUGAACUGACAUCUUCUGGACAUUAUUGUGUAAACUUAAGAAAGGAAAGGAUCAAUAAUGAAAGCCAGUUUAAACAAAGUGAGACAAAUGAUGAAGAUGAAAUUCUCAUUGUGACAGAAAACAUGUCAACAAAAGAGAAAAAAUACAGUACUGCUAAAGCUACAUAAACAAUUUGGACAUGCCUCAGUUGACAGACUAGAAAAGCUCUUGUCUUGCUCAGGCAACACCGAUG